AUUAAUAUGAGUAUAAUAGCAGAAAAAUUUAUAAGAAGCCGUCAUUUUUCCACCGAACAUUUCACUCAAAGCCUCGUAAAAGAAUCGGAGCUACUACUGGUGUACCAAAAAGUCUAGCAGUGGAACUACGCAGUCUUUUGUGCAAAACACGUUAAUUCAUUAUCAACUUUCUGGCCUUUUUAAUUUCAAAUCAUUUCUCCAUCUCAUUGCAAUUUGUUCGAUGAUUCACAUCGUGCGUUAUUAUCUCUCCCAGCACCCUUCUGUUGUAAAUUUUCGUUGGAGUCAUAGCCAAUCAUGGGGUAACACGUGGUUCUUCCUCUUCACCUCCAUUGCUGCCUAUGUUAUCUUCUCCCUCUUCCUCCACCUUUUUCUCUGCCUCCUCUUCCGCAACCGCCGUCCUCUCCCUCUCGGCCCUAUCCCUGCCGUUCACUCCCUCUCUAUGGUCCUAAUCUCCCUCACCAUCUUCACCGGCAUACUCCUCUCCGCCGCCGCUGAAAUCCGCGAAACUCGAUGGUUCUGGCGCCGUAACAAAACCACCGCUUUCCAAUGGCUCCUCUGUUUCCCUCUCGGCACGCGCCCUUCCGGACGUGUCUUCUUUUGGUCCUACAUUUUCUACCUAUCUCGCUUCCUCCACACGCUACGUACUUUCUUCUCCAUUCUCCGUCGUCGAAGACUCUCCUUCUUUCAACUCUUCAACCACUCCAUACUCAUAUUUAUGUCCUUCCUGUGGCUAGAAUUCUCGCAAUCGUUUCAAGUACUUGCAAUACUAUUUACAACGCUUUUAUAUUCUGCGGUUUACGGUUACAGAUUUUGGACGGCGAUUGGAUUGCCAAGCGCGUGUUUCCCCUUUGUUGUAAGCUGUCAGAUUCUGUUACUGGGAUGUCACGUUGUGUGCCAUGUUGGGGUGCUUUUGCUCCAUUUCAUGAAAGGUGGGUGUAACGGAAUUGGGGCAUGGCUUUUCAAUUCAGUGCUCAAUGCUGCUAUCCUAUUUUUAUUCCUCAAUUUUUAUGUGAAGGUGCACUUGAAGAAUAGAAAUGGAGUAAAAGAAACUUGAAGUUACUUCUUUUUUUAUAUAUAUAAAUUUUUGCAUUGAUGUUAUGUCAGUUGGCUUUG